CGAGGAGGAGAGCAGAGAGGAGAGGGAGCGAGGCAGCCGCGGCUCUGCCCCCGCAGCGGAGCCGCACGCACCGGGGCCAGGCUGGACUCGCUGCAGCCACCGAAGGCUCCCACACGCUCAGGGGCUCUGAGAAAGCACCACCUUCGCCAGGUUGUCCUUGGGAGGUGGCAAAGCUCUGUCCCUGCUGGAGCACUGCUGACCACUGUCACCAACCAAACAUGCAGAGGGCAUGAGAGCCCCAUGGUCACUCAGAGGAAAGGAGAAGGCAAGAAAGGAAAAGCAGCAAUUGAGAUCCACCAGCAGCUGCCACAGGGCAUCGGCUCCAGCACUGAGCUCCCAGAGGGGACCAACAGGCACAAAUGAGUCCCAGUGCCACAUCUUUCCUAGGCCAUGUCAUUCCCAGCACACAAGGCUGAAUGUGUGAAGUGACUCUGCAAUGUUCUCCAAGGUCACUGUAGAACAAGGGUCACUUUGGGAAGGGCUCUAGGCUGCCCGGUCCAGGCUCACUCCAAGCAGCUUUGGAGCUGAUGAUAGCAGGACUGCUCCAUCCUUGCAGUGUCACCAUGGAUCCAUGUUACAACCACACCAGCUCUCAAAAAAGGAUGGACUUCCCCCUGCAGCUGCUGGUCGGGUUCUUCCUCGUCAUCCUCAUCGUGAUCACCCUCUGUGGUAACAUCAUCGUCUGCCUGGCCGUCACCCUCGACCGCCGGCUCCGGAGCUUGACAAACCGCAUCAUUGUCUCCUUGGCCAUCACAGACCUGCUGCUGGGGCUUCUGGUGCUGCCAUUCUCUGCCUUCUACGAGCUCACCAAGGAGUGGCCCUUUGGCAGCGUUUUGUGCAACAUCUACACCAGCCUGGACGUCAUGCUGUGCACGGCCUCCAUCCUCAACCUCCUCAUGAUCAGCCUGGACCGCUACUUUGCUGUCACCACCCCGCUCCGCUACUGCCAGGUGGUCACUCCCUCCCGGGUGGCAGUGGGUUUGGCUGUUAUUUGGACCGUUUCACUGAUGGUCUCCUUCCUACCCAUCCACCUGGGCUGGAACACCAACGGGACGGCCGUGCAAAACACAGACCCCACCUGCCACAAGGAGUGCACGCUGGCAGUGAACCUCGUGUACGGGUUAGUGGACGGCUUGCUCACCUUCUACAUCCCUCUGCUCAUCAUGUGCAUCACCUACUACCGGAUACUCAAGAUAGCCAGGGAGCAAGCCAAGAGGAUAAACCACACGUGGGGCAGCGCGCCCAUGCCACCCAUGGUGAAAGAGCACAAAGCCACCGUGACGCUGGCGGUGGUGCUGGGAGCGUUCGUCGUGUGCUGGUUCCCCUACUUCACCAUGUUCACCUACCGGGGCGUGUGGGGGGACAGCAGGGUCAAAGGCACACCCAUGUCCAUUGUGCUCUGGCUGGGCUAUGCCAACUCAGCCCUGAACCCCAUCCUCUACGGGACACUCAACAAGGAUUUCCGAGUGGCGUACCAGCACUUGCUGCACUGCUGGAGGACGGGACACCCCAGGAACUCCCACCUGCCUCCCCUCCAAAAGGCCCAGCCCAGGGGCAGGCAGGGCCAGGGCAGGCAGGACGGUAAACCCUUGAAACUGGAGGUGAGGAACAAGAAGGGGACUCUGCUCACUGAUGGAGCCCUCAAGAGCACUGGAGCUUUUCUGUGAGUCUCAGCCAGCCUGCUGCCCUAGGACCCACAUCUCCCAGCCUUCAACUCCUGGCUGCCCUCUUCCAAAAUCCUGUGUGUGAGGUUGAAAGGACAACACUCAGCUUUCCUCAGCGCAAACCUCGACAGCAGAGGUGAGAGCUGCAGGGAUCCCUGCUCUGGCACAUGGCACCACUCCACCCCCAAACACUGCUGGAGAGGCCUCUGCCCGCCCAGGUUUCUGCCCAGGAGGGUGCUGGGUGAGAAGAGCCCUCGGAGGAGCUGCAGAAGAACACCUCCCCAUCCUGUCUGGGCAGUGACACAUGCAGCAUCAAGCCCCACAGCAGCAGCAAGAGAUGCCAGAGGAGCUGGGUCAGGAAGCAGAGCAUGCCCUUGGCAGGGCAGGGCAGGGCAGGGAGUGCCCUCUCCAGACCCACGGGUCAGGCUGCAGGGGGAAGGUGCUGCUUUUGAGGUCUUGGUGCCAGGCAGACCAGCCUAGGACGGAGAAAGACAACACAGGCACCACCUUCCCUGGUGUCCUAGGGAUGUACCCACCCCUCAGAGGGGCAAGGCCCUGCUAGAUGGGGUGAGGGGGCAGGAGGGCUCAGCGUGGUGGGUGUUGGCAGCCACGAGUGCUGGAUGUCUGUGCACAGGACAUCCCAGUCCCUCAGCAUCCAUGCUGGGGCAAGGCUGCUGCCCAUCCCUGGGGCUGUCCUUACACCACACCCCCUGUCCCAGCCCUACUGCAAGGCAGAGAGAAGCCCUGGAGCCUGCUGGGGAGACACUGAGCAGCCAGGGUUUGCCCCAGGCUCUGCCCUCGCAAGAAGGCUCAA